GCAAUUUGAAAACGGUGCCAUCCCCAUUCAGGGCUUUGACCCGUCUCUUCGUCUUAAGGCAGAAUAAAAAUGUGUUUGAGUGUGUGACUGCACAGCGCUCCGCCAUCUAAACACACACCGGAGGACGGAGGAUAUCUUCACGUGUAUAUUUAUGGAAUAAAAACCAGUCCGACUGGCAAUCAUGUCAGGGAAGUCAGAUGGGAAAAAGAAGUGGGCGGCAGUCAGGGAUCGCCUCGGCUCCUCGCAGGACUCUGAUACCCAGCAGGAGGCCAACCUAGAAAGUGCUGAUCCAGAACUGUGCAUCAGACUGCUGCAGGUUCCCACUGUAGUCAACUACUCGGGGCUGAAGCGUCGCCUGGAAGGCAGCGACCAGACAUGGAUGGUCCAAUUCUUGGAGCUAAGUGGGCUGGAUCUCCUCCUGGAGGCCCUGGACCGGCUCUCGGGGCGUGGAUGCUCUCGCAUCGCCGAUGCUCUCCUGCAGCUCACCUGCGUCAGCUGCGUGCGGGCAGUCAUGAAUUCCUCUGCCGGAAUCCACUUCAUCAUAGAGAACGAGGGAUACAUUCGGAAACUCUCACAAGCUCUGGACACGUCUAACACCAUGGUGAAGAAACAGGUGUUUGAGCUACUUGCAGCCCUCAGCAUGUUCUCCACAGAAGGACAUCACCUGGCUCUGGAUGCCCUGGACCAUUACAAGGGCGUGAAGACACAGCAGUAUCGCUUCAGCGUGAUCAUGAACGAGCUGCAGGCGACAGAUAACGUCCCUUACAUGGUCACGCUCCUCAGUGUCAUCAAUGCCCUCAUCUUCGGGACAGAUGACCUCAGGCAGAGAGAUAAGAUGAGAAAGGAGUUUAUCGGGCUUCAGUUACUCGAUAUCCUGCCAAAGUUACGGGAGCAGGAUGAUGAAGACCUGAUUAUUCAAUGUGAAGCUUUUGAAGAAGCAAUGGCUGAAGAUGAGGAGGAGCUUUUGCAGGUAUAUGGGGGCAUUGACAUGAGUAAUCACCUGGAGGUCUUCACCACACUCUUCAACAAGGUGAGCAGCUCUCCAGUCUCUCUCCAGCUGCUGUCCAUCCUGCAGACGUUGUUGGUGCUGGGGCCGAACCGCUCUGAUAUCUGGCUUGCUCUGGAGGCCAUCACUAACAGAGCUAUUCUGCUGGCCCAGGACUCUCAGAUGGAGUCUUGUGAGAAGAUCAUGCAGCGGCUGAUGUUUUCCAAAGGGAAGACCUAUGAAGGACAUCAUGAAGUGGACGGGCAGCCAAUCAGGGUGGACAAGUUUGUGCAGACUGAUCUGGACAAAGAGAGGCUAGACAAAAGCACAGCGUCCUCUCAGAAGCCACUCUGUUCCUCUCCUCCACCUCCUCCACCACCACCACCUCCCGUACCCCCCAGUAUGCUCCAACCUUCUAACCAGUGUCCACCCCCACCACCACCGCCUCCUCCUCCUCCGCCACCACUACCUGGAGGGUUUGGUGGACCUCCACCACCACCUCCCUUACCUGGCAUGCCACUUCCACCACCAGCACCACCGCUACCCUGCGGUCCAGGCAUACCUCCUCCACCACCUCUGCCACCCAUACCAGGGAUGGGCGGCGUACCACCGCCACCACCACCACCUCUGUUUCCUGGUAUGGCGCCUCCUCCUCCUCCUCCCCCAGGCAUGAUAUUGGCUCAGAGUAGCCAGUCCCUGGGGUGCAGUGCACCCUCAAAGACAUACAGAUGUCCCACCCUGAGGAUGAAAAAACUUAACUGGCAGAAACUCCGCUCUGUUACUGAUGGUCACUCCAUGUGGGCUUCGGUUCAGAGAGAGCCGCCUCCUCGGGAGCCGGACUACAGCAGUAUCGAGCAGCUGUUCUGUCUCCCGGUGACCGAGCACAAAGACAAGGGGGCAGCUGCUCCUGUCAAGAAGGAGCCUAAAGAGAUUACAUUCAUUGAUCCAAAGAAAAACUUGAAUCUGAACAUAUUUCUGAAGCAGUUCAAAUGCACAAAUGAGGAGUUUGUAGCCAUGAUUCAGAACGGGGACCGAACCAGGUUUGAUGUUGAGGUGCUAAAACAGCUUCUGAAGCUUUUACCAGAGAAGCACGAGAUUGAAAAUUUGAAGUCCUUCCAAGGAGAGAAAGACAAGUUGGCGAAUGUUGACCGCUUCUACACCUCCCUCCUCAGCGUGCCAUGUUAUCAGUUGAGGAUUGAGUGCAUGUUGUUGUGUGAGGAGACUUCAUCAGUGCUGGACAUGCUCAAACCUAAGGUCAAACUGGUAGAGGAGGCCUGCCAGUCUCUCAGAGCCAGCAUGCUCAUGCCCAGUUUCUGCAGGCUCAUCCUUGAUGUUGGAAAUUUUCUCAACUAUGGAAGUCACACAGGGAACGCAGAGGGGUUCAAGAUCAGCUCUCUGCUCAAGCUCACUGAGACCAAGGCAAACAAGAGCCGCAUUACGCUGCUUCAUCACAUCCUAGAGGAAGCAGAGGCAAACCACCCGGAGCUGUUGGCGCUGCCAGACGAUAUACAGAUCUGUGAAAAAGCAGCAGGGGUUAAUCUGGACUCUGUUCAGUCAGAAGCCAGUGCCUUACUAAAACGACUGAAUGAGACAGCCAAGAAGGUCUCCAACUCGGUGGAGGAGGUGAAGGAGCAAUACACAAAACUUCUGGACGAAAGUCUGGAUGCGUGUCGAGCUUUAAGCGAAAGGUUCGCCGAGAUCAACAAGCAGAAGACUGAGCUGGCUGUCUACUUAUGUGAGGAUGCUAAUCAGCUGUCCCUCGAGGAACUCUUUGGAACCAUGAGCACCUUUCGAGCCCUUUUCAUCAAGGCCCUGAAGGAAAACAAAACCAGGAAAGAGCAGGCAGCCAAGGCUGAGAAGAGAAAGAGGCAGCUGGCAGAGGAAGAGUCCAAGAGACAGAAGGGAGAGAAUGGAAAAAUAAUCAAGAAAGGCGCUGUGCCACAGAACGACGGCUGCAUCAUCGAAAACCUCCUGGCGGAGAUCAGGAAAGGUUUCAGCCUAAGAAAGACCCGGCCAAGGUGCGAUUCGGAAAGCCUCCCUUCUAGUGAAAUGCGUAGCGAUACCUGCCCACCUGGAUCAAGUGUGAAGCCUGCAGACGGAAAAGCCGCAGAAAUAGCCACCAUUUCAGGUCCUACCAAAACUCAGACAGAAGGUCACCAGGCAAGCACAGGCGAAGUGAACGGUUUCAUCAGCCCAUCCGAAAAGAUUCCUCCAGCACCGCUGAGUGCCGGGUCCGACGGACCAGCUGUACCUCUCAACGCACCCCCAGGAGAGCCAGCCAUGAUGACGCAGGCACCCCUGCAAAGACCUGUAUCGCUGCAGAAGGACCAACAGGCAGAGGAAUCUGCAGUGCCAUCCCUAGAUGUAAUGCAACCUCUACCUGAGUGUAAAGGGGAACAUCAACCAUCAACAAAUGGCUUUUCAUUAGAUUCAACUGAGACCAGCGUCCUCAGCCCAUCCUCCCUCUCAGAUUCGGACCUCCUCGAGGCUGUGUUAGAUGGCACUUCCUGCCCAGUGGACAUUAGUGUGAACGUUCAGAUCAAGGAAUGUCCUUUACCUAAUACAGACAUUAAUGAGACACAGAGUAGUGAAAGCAAUAUAGUGGGAGAUGGGAAAGGUGAAAGUAGUAAUAAAAUAAGCCAUUUAACAGAGACUGUAGGACAAGAGAAGGGUGGAGAAAAGCGGGAAUCUAUUAUUGAAAGAAUGUGUGGCCAAGAUGAGGUUGGAGGUCACAAGCACCCGGACCCUAAAACCAAUGUAACCGCACUCGGUGAGGGCAUCGAGGGAUGUGACGUCCCAGAUGGACCGGAACCAGAAGCUGUGCCUGCACCAAAGAAACAGCAGAGCUUCUUUAAAAAAAACAAAAAGAAGAGUAAUCAAGGUAAUCCAUCCAUUAAUUUAAAUAAACAUCAUGCUUGGCAUGCUAGUCUCUUGACGUGUCUUAAAGGAAAAUCCUUAUUUGUUUUGUUUUUAUUGCAUUUUACAUUUUAUAUUUUAUGUAUGGGCUAUUUGAGUAUAUGUUCCUAAGUGUUCUGCAUGAUUACAUGCAUUUUAUUAUUAAAAAGCAUAGAUGCAGUGUGUAGCACUUGAUCUGCAGAUUUGAUACUGAAUGGAUUUAAAUCUCUGGUCAGUUUGUUUGAACGCUCUGUUUUCCAUUUUGACUCUCUGAAACACAAGGUAACAGUGGGAAAGGACACACUAAACAUAAAAAAGGCUGUGUGUUGCAGUGAGGUAGGUCAAAUCGGUGGGAUGGCGAACUGUAAGCAGGACCAUCAUCCUAACGAGCUCAAUCACCGUCGACGCUUUGUCACAAAUAACACGUCAUUUGUUGCUCUAACUGGAAUCUGGAUUUCAUUUGUCUGUGUUGUCCAGCUUUUAACACUUUCGCUCUCUAACACUUUAUCCAAUUCAGUGGUUAUUGUGCCAAAAACGUAACAGUAUUUGACUCAAUGUACGUGUCUUGAGGUGGUUCUAAUGUCCGUCCAACUCUGGUGGGGGGGGGGAAAUUCUCCUAAAAAUAUUAUUAUUAAAUAAAUCUGUCAUCAGUGGUUAAGUGAUCUAACACCCCAGUGCUCUGAUCUCAGACAGCCUUGCAGUUUGUGGCGUCAUCGUGAAGUCAUUUCGUCGUGGACUGGGUUAUUUCAUGAAAACUUCUGUCACUUUUGUGUCUUCUCCUUCCAUAUUUUCUUGUCCAUUUCCCUAAAUCUGCAACUGGGACUGUUCUUCUAACAACACACUCAUGUGUGCUUCCUGUAAAGUGUGCUUUGUUAACCUGCCUUUGAUGAAAGAGACUAUAUGUGUCAGAAAUACAUUAAAAAAUGUUUUUAUAACAAAAAAAACUUAAACAUUUUAAAGCAGACAUAAGCCAAAGAAUCAUAUGAAUAAAUUUCUCUGCCAACAGUUUUACCUAGCUCUAAAUAUAAUGACUUCUAAUAAAAUAAUAUCUUUAGAUAUAUUUUCAUUCUUUCCAUUCAUUUGAGCCUUUGUUUCCAUAGGUGACUCCAGAAAAAGGAAAUCAAGAGGAAGAAGAAAAUGUUGAUUUUUCACAGAGGAGUUCUGAACUGGAGGGACUGCAGUAUAUUUAAUUUUGCGAGACUAUAUGAAUAUCGACUCCUUGGAGAGGAUGCAGAGGUCUUCCUUUUGCAAUGAUUUGUUUUUCCAGACCAAGAAGAGUAAAACGCAUCUCAGGCUGGGAUCUUCACAGCACGGAUGUGAACAUGUCACUUUAUGUAAAUGAAUUGGAGUUUCUGUGUAUAUGAGUGGUUUUGAUUCAGAACUGUUAAAAAAAAAAGUUGAGUAUGCUUUGUAUGUUUUGUAUAACUGUUGUAAUAUGCAUUGAAUCUGUUUUGCUAUUAUAAGCUCUACUUACCUUCAGAGAGAGAGAGAGAGAGAGAAAUGCAGUGUUUGUUGCAAGAGAUUUAAGGUAACAUAUCAAAGCAAAGUCACUUGGAAUAAUGUCUUAAUUUAUUUAUUGUUCAAAUGAUCUCUAAGAAAAUAUAAGGGCAGAAUAUAAUGGAUUGUAACUUUUAAAUGUUAAGUAUAUUUUAAUAAAAGUAA